UAUGUUGCGACAGUUUACAGGGAAACUUAGUGACGCUAUGUUGUACAAGGUUCGAAUGGCUCUUUCUCUUGCCCUUUUGACCAGUACCCUUGAGUGAUAGUGCCAGAAAUGAUGAUUAUAAUUCCCGUUAAUGUCGCGAGUGUUGAUCUGUUCAGUGGAAAGAAACGGGCGAGUGUUCUUUGACGUGGAUAGAGCAUAUCGAUGAGGAAAUACAUAUUUUCCAGCCAUCGGCUCGGAGUUCGUAUAGAGAGAUCCCGCCUAGAAGGGUAUGAGUAUUGCAACCGCCAUAUUCUGGAGGACAAGGGAGCCCCCUUCCGACAAUGCAAUUACAUUUUCACCAGUACGGGCAAGCGCUGCCUCCGCCCUGCACCGACCACAGAUAGGAAGGAAGGGAAAUGCACGUCCAGCAGGUACUGCAGUGAGCACUCCCGCAAAUCACUGAUGGUGCGGCAGCGAGCGGCUCGGAAGGUCCAGCCCCGUGAGACCCCCGAGACUUUGCUUGCCCAGCUGGCCCACCAUCAGAUGGACACACACACGGCAGGGCAAAAUGCAAUUCCAGAUCCUGCAAGUGUUCCAGGCAUAGCAUCGGCUGCUCUUGAAUAUGCCAGUGACACAGACAGUGAGGGGGAGUUCUCCUCGCUCCCCCCUGACUCACUUCCCAGACGUGAGGCUGACAGUGAAUUGGACUCUGCCGACUCCGAUGCUGACCCCCUGGAGCACGCCCAGGUGUUCACAACAGAGGAGAUCACUAGGAUUUAUCUAGAGAAGCUUCAGAGAUUAAAGGCAAUGUACAUUGGAGAAUACAAAAGGCUUACUCACAUCCUGAGGGAGAGCAGACGUAAAUACUUGCAAGCAGGACGUGCAGAGAAGGAGUCAAUGGCCAGUAUUCAUGCCCAGCCAAAGGGAACGCCAGAGGAGAGAGCAGCAUACAACCAGCUGAAGGCAAUGGUCAGGUACCAUCGCCAUCUGGGAACACACGCGCUUUUGUACCGGCAACAGUAUGAAAGGCGCUUGCAGGUGACAGAAGGUGUAAACUAUAAACCUGGACCAAGUGUAGGCUGUGUGAAGUGCAUCUACAGUGAGGGCUCUUGGCGAUGUGGGGAGAAGUCGAUACCUCUCUCAAAAUACUGCGCCAAGCAUAUCUUACAUGACCCAAACCAAGUGCUCUUUGGGGCGUGUGGUGUCAGCAGGUAUGGUGACGAUGGCUGUUCCAUGCCUGUGAUCUCAACCCCCCACACCACAACCUGCAUCUACCACACGCCCAUACCUGACCCCCUGCCGGUGAGUGUUCCCCCAGUGGAGGACAUGGACGCGACUGGCCUAGGGGGUGCCUAUUCAGUGACGGAUGAGUCCCUGAACCCAAGUGAUGCCAACAGCCACCUGGCAACCCCGGGACCCCAGCAGAUCAUCGACUUGUCGGAGAGCCACAGCUUCAUUGUCACUGAGGUACCUCCGGAGAAUGUGAUGGAGGGGGAUGGGGAGGAGACUGAGAUAUCCGUGCCGGCUGGAACAAAGACAUAGAUGUGUAUAUGUGUAUAUUUAUUUCCUGUUUUUUGUUUUUUGUUUCUACAGGCAUUAUUAUUUUGAUAUAUUACUGUUUUAUUUAAUUUCUCUAUUAUUAUUUUUGUAAUGGUAUAUGCUUAUGAAGGAAGAAGAAAGCUUUAAUUUGGAUUUUUUUUUAUAAGUUCCCUUUUGGGGAUUUUUUCUCUGGAUUUCUUGAUUUGUUUUGUAAAGAAAAUUUAUUUUAUUUAAGACAAUAUUGUUCUGUCGGAUAAAACUGAUGGUAAUGAUGUAUAUAAGUGAUGUAGGAAUAAGUUAUUGAUUUCCAGUUUCAUACUGAUAUUAAAAAAAAAAAACUUGUUUAA